ACAGAUUUACAGUCAGCCCUUCAUCUCCAACCAGCCUAGACAGCUGUUUGUCUUCACUGAUGGAGAGGUGGGGAACACAAAGGAAGUUCUGGAUCUAGUUAGGAAGAAUGCAGCUUCUCACAGGUGUUUCUCUUUUGGGAUUGGAGAAGGAGCCAGCUCUGCUCUCAUCAAUGGGUUGGCUCAGGAGGGCAGAGGUCACGCUCAGUUCAUCACAGGAAGUGACAGGAUGCAGGCAAAAGUGAUGCAGUCACUGAAGUUUGCACUACAGCCUGUUGUCAAAGACAUCUCUGUCACAUGGGAUUUACCAGAGGGAGUGUCUGCCACUGUCCUCUCUCCACCAAUCACAACCAUUUUCCAGGGUCAGAGGUCACUGCUUUAUGCCCAACUCCGUGGAAAGAGUUCACAGACUGACUGCAGUGUGACGGUGAAUUACACUCUGGCAGAUCAUCCCUAUAAGAACCAGAUGCAGUUUGACCUGAACCCUGCAAAGGACACUGGGUUAACGGUCCACAGGUUAGCCGCUCGCUCUCUGAUUCGUUCUCUGGAGGUUGAGGAAAGAGAGAACAGAGGAAAGUCAGAUGAAGACGUGAAGAAGAAGGUGGUGGAGCUCAGUGUCCAAUCAGGAGUGAGCAGUGGUCACACUGCCUUCAUUGCUGUCAACAAGGACAGUGGUGAUGCUGUUCAAGGACCUCUGGUGCGCAGAGAUGUUCCAACCCCUGGAUUUUUUCAACCCAUGAUGGCUAAGUAUUGUUCGGCGCCUAUGCAUUCUGGGUCCUAUACGCCCCUAAGAGGAGUUUUGCAGGAGAAGAAGGUCAAAUCUUCUGCACCUCAAGCUUCAAAGUUCAAGAUGACUUUUCCAUUUAAACUUUUUGGCCGCGGAGUUAAAGAUCAGAGGACGCAUCACUCUAUAGAAGCUGUAUGUUCGUUUUCAGAUGAGAUGCUCUUUAGCCCUUUACCACGCUAUGAGAUACGGUCUAGUUGUUUAAAACCUGACUACAUUGGGUGCCUGCCAAACAGAGCCUCUGAGCCCGAGCCGCCCCGCAGAGACCCUCUGCUGCAGCUGGUUUCCCUCCCGAAGGCGUCCGGCUGCUGGAUGCUGGAUGCAGCUCUUGCCUCAGUGCUGGGAAAAACUAGUAAAGAACUGGAGAAGUCGAAACCUAAAAAGGUCAGCAGUGAGGUGUGGGCCACCAUUCUGGCUCUGACCUGGCUUCAUGGAUUCAAGAUGGAUGCAAAGGAUGAAUGGGAGCUUCUGGCUGUGAAGGCUGCUUCAUGGGUCCAAGCCCAGAAUGCUCCAUGUGUGAAGGAGUGUGUUGAUGCUGCAAAUGCACUGCUGGGCUGCAGAGUGCAGAAGGAAGCUCUGGGGCUCCGAAGAAGGAACUGAAGUCCCAACUUCUGACAAAAGAUUUUAUUUUGAAAACGUAUUUUACGCUUUGCAACAUCUGCAAUAGAAAGUUUGUGCUCCGCAGUUUAUAGCUUUGUCAUAUUUUGAUGGUAAUACUCUGGCAUAAGUUCACAACUGAUGUUUUUUAUUAAAGAUUUAUUAAAGAGCCAUUUCUUGGUGGA